ACUGUCCCUUCCUCCCGGUGGCCUCUUACUGGGCUUUCCUUGAGUUCCCCACGCCCUCCCACUCACGGGCCACACCCCUCGAGGCCACGCCCCUUCGCGGUCCACUCUUGCCCAGCCAGCCGCGCCUCCUUCCCGGACCACGCCCUCUAGACUCCGCCCCUCUCCGCUCCCGCCCCUUCACCCCAGCCAUCCCCCGCGCGUGAUCUGCUGGGCUUCCGGACGCGCAGCGGGCUCAACAGAUGUUUCUCGGUGCAGUCGGAUCUGCGCUGACCUCGCUUCUCCGUAUUCCCCGGCCUGCAGCGGUCGUCGCCAUGAGCACUGGCACCUUCGUCGUGUCGCAGCCGCUCAACUACCGCGGCGGGGCCCGUGUGGAGCCGGUGGAUGCCUCUGGCACGGAGAAAGCGUUCGAGCCAGCCACCGGCCGAGUGAUAGCUACUUUUGCAUGUUCAGGAGAAAAGGAAGUAAAUCUGGCUGUUGAAAAUGCAAAGGCUGCCUUUAAGAUCUGGAGAAAGAAAAGUGGCUUGGAGCGCUGUCAAGUCCUCUUAGAGGCGGCCCGGAUCAUCAGGGAACGGAAGGAUGAAAUUGCCACUGUGGAGACCAUCAACAAUGGGAAGUCUGUAUUUGAGGCCCGCCUGGAUGUUGACACUUGCUGGCAGUGCCUGGAAUACUAUGCAGGGCUGGCUGCAUCCAUGGCAGGAGAGCACAUCCAGCUCCCAGGAGGGUCCUUUGGCUACACGCGAAGAGAACCACUCGGGGUGUGUGUGGGAAUAGGAGCGUGGAACUACCCCUUCCAGAUUGCCUGUUGGAAGUCUGCUCCGGCUUUGGCAUGUGGUAAUGCCAUGGUCUUCAAGCCUUCUCCCUUCACGCCCGUGUCCGCACUGCUCCUGGCUGAGAUUUACACCAAGGCUGGUGUGCCUCCUGGGCUCUUCAACGUGGUGCAAGGUGGGGCUGCCACAGGCCAGUUUCUGUGUCAGCAUCGUGAUGUGGCCAAAAUCUCCUUCACUGGAAGUGUGCCCACUGGCAUGAAGAUCAUGGAGAUGUCUGCUAAAGGAGUCAAACCCAUCACUUUGGAACUUGGGGGCAAAUCUCCUCUCAUCAUCUUCUCAGACUGUAAUAUGGAGAAUGCUGUGAAGGGGGCCCUGAUGGCCAAUUUCCUUACACAAGGACAGGUCUGCUGUAAUGGCACUAGAGUCUUUGUGCAAAAGGAAAUUGCUGAUACAUUUACAAAAGAGGUUGUGAAGCAGACUCAGAAGAUAAAACUUGGAGACCCACUUCUGGAAGAUACAAGGAUGGGCCCACUCAUCAAUGCCCCGCAUCUGGAACGGGUCCUUGGGUUUGUCAAGUCGGCAAAGGAACAGGGUGCUACUGUGCUGUGUGGCGGCGAGCUGUACGUCCCAGAGGAUCCUAAAUUAAAAGAUGGAUAUUACAUGACACCGUGCAUUUUAACUAACUGCAGAGAUGACAUGACGUGUGUAAAAGAAGAGAUCUUCGGACCAGUUAUGUCCAUUUUAACAUUUGAAACUGAAGCCGAGGUUCUGGAGAGGGCCAACGACACCACUUUUGGACUAGCAGCUGGCGUCUUUACCAGGGACAUCCAGAGGGCGCACAGGGUGGCAGCUGAGCUGCAGGCUGGAACGUGCUACAUUAACAAUUACAAUGUCAGCCCGGUGGAGUUGCCCUUUGGUGGCUACAAGAAGUCAGGAUUUGGCAGAGAGAAUGGCCGUGUGACGAUUGAGUACUAUUCACAGCUGAAGACAGUGUGUGUGGAGAUGGGAGACGUGGAGUCGGCCUUUUGAAAACCAGUGAUGUCGUCGUUCACCUCACCGUGGAAUGAGUUGACUGCCUUGACAGGCAGUGUAACUGAAUAGCUUCUUCCAUCCAGGCUUUGGGUCAUUAGUGUGCUAAUGGGUCAGUAUUGUCCUCUGUCUUGCAGUCACCUUCCCAAUUGGAAAUGUGCACACGUGCCUUUCAGAUGGUACCCGGGGGACCUGUUGUUCCAGCAAGUACCCCAGCCACGCACUGUUCAGACAUGUGAGGGCCACAGCUCUGCUCCUACACAUUUGUCCCACCAACAAUGGCAGCUUUCUAGUUUGCUUUAAAGAAGGCCCUCCUUCCUGGGUUCCUGGUGAAUCAGUAGACACACAUUCUUUGUUCAUUGACAACUAAAAAUCAAAUCCUUAACGCUUUUAUUUGGAGCUGGGCGGUGGUGGCGCAAGCCUUUAAUCCCAGCACUCUGGAGGCAGAGGCAGGUGGAUAUCCGAGUUCACGGCCAACCUGGCCUACAGAGUGAGUUACAGUCCAGGGCUACACAGAGAAACCUUGUCUUGAGAAGCCAAAAAUAAAUAAUAAAAUCUAAAAAGCUGUUAUUCGGAGAUGGUAAAGGCGUAAUACUUGUGGAAAAUGGAUUCAUUGGCAUUUAAAAAGCUAUGCUCUUCUUGACCAGCAGAUCAGCUCAGUGGGUAAGGUCUGAGCACGUAAGCCCAAUGAUUACCUCGGUUUUAUCUCCAGAACCCACAUCAAGGUGGUAACUCCUCCCCCGUAUCAUAUUAUGCACAAUAAUAAAAUCUUUCUCAAAUGCUG